CCGCUUGGCGCCUUCGCCACAGGCACAGCGCCGAAAGUGCCGCUGCGGACGCGCAGCUGCGAUGACGGGAGCGGGUAGGCGGAACAUCCCGGCUCCCCCUUCCCCGCGGCCCGGUUAACCCGCGGCUGCCCGCCCGGAGCCAGGAAACAAACUCAAGAGGAUGAAGCCUAAUAAAGGAAAAAUUUUAACUAGAGAGAGAGACUAUGUGUACCAAUUCAGUGCUGGAAAUGAACAUUUGGUGCUUACUGUGCCUCUCAAAUUCCCUGUGCAAGAGAAUAUCAGUCAUUUGCAUGGACGUCUGAUGGUUCUGCACAACCUGCCAUGCUUUAUAGAAAAUGACCUGAAGCAAUCUCUUAGUAAAUUUGUAGAAGAGGAAACUAUAAAAGAUUAUGACAGAGAAGCUGAAGUGGCUCUGGAAGCAGUGAAAUCAGGAAAAGUAGACAUCAACCAGCUGGCAGAUACUUGGGCUAAAGCUUAUAAAGAGACAACAUUAGAACAUGCCAAACCUGAAGAAACCAGCUGGGAUGAAGAUUUUGCAGAUGUUUAUCAUGAUCUGAUCCAUUCUCCAGCUUCUGAAAUGCUGUUAAACCUGGAACACAAUUAUUUUGUUAGCAUUUCAGAAUUAAUAAGUGAAAGGGAUGUGGAGCUGAAAAAGCUACGUGAAAGGCAAGGAGCUGAAAUGGAUAAGGUGAUGCAGGAGCUUGGAAAGUCACUGACUGACCAGGAUGUGAAUUCCUUAGCAGCUCAGCAUUUUGAGUCACAGCAGGAUUUGGAGAACAAAUGGACCAAUGAAUUAAAACAGACUACUGCUAUCCAGAAGCAGGAAUAUCAGGAGUGGGUGAUAAAGCUUCAUCAAGACCUGAAGAAUCCAAACAACAGCUCAGUCAGUGAUGAAAUUAAAGUUCAGCCCAGCCAGCUGAGGGAAUCUGUGGAAGGAAACGGGAGAAUCUAUGAAGAGCAAAGGCUGUUAGAAGAAAGCUUUACUAUUCAUUUAGGAGCUCAGCUGAAGACUAUGCACAACCUGAGGCUGCUAAGAGCUGAUAUGUUGGAUUUCUGCAAACACAAGCGCAAUCACCGCAGUGGGGUGAAGCUGCACAGACUUCAGACUGCCAUGUCCCUCUACUCAACUUCCCUCUGUGGCCUGGUGUUAUUGGUGGAUAACAGGAUCAGCUCAUACAGUGGAAUCAAAAGAGAUUUCGCAACAGUUUGCCAAGAAUGCACGGAUUUCCAUUUUCCUGGAAUCCAAGAACAACUUGAAAUUGUCCAGAAGGUUGUACUUAAGGCCAGAGCACAGCGUAGCAGCAAGACAAAAAGACACCAUGAAAACAAAAUCAGUGGGAAUGAAGAUAAAUUAAAGAAUAUUGAACGAAACCAGUCGAACAUUUUGCCGGGAGAGUUCUACAUCACACGGCACUCAAACCUCUCAGAAAUCCAUGUUGCCUUUCACCUGUGCGUGGAUGACAAUGUCAGGUCUGUGAACGUUACUGCCCGGGACCCGGCCAUCAUGGGGCUCAGGAACAUCCUCAAGGUCUGCUGCACACAUGACAUCACCACCAUCAGCAUUCCCCUCCUGCUGGUGCAUGAAAUGUCAGAAGAGAUGACCAUUCCAUGGUGCCUGAAGAGGGCAGAGCUCGUGUUCAAGUGCGUCAAAGGUUUCAUGAUGGAAAUGGCCUCGUGGGAUGGAGGAAUUUCUCGGACUGUACAAUUCCUGGUACCACAGACAAUUUCAGAGGAAAUGUUUUACCAGCUGAGUAACAUGCUGCCACAGAUCUUCAGAGUAUCCUCCACACUGACUCUGACCUCCAAGCACUGAUUUCUGUGGGGCACUAACCGCUAUCCUAUUGGCAGAGGAUGAGAUUAAGGAGAUUCUGGACUAGGAUGUCUCUUUCCUGUGGACUUAAUACCGCAAAGUGGCAUUUGUUGCAAUUUCAAGAAUUGUGUUGUAAUAAAAGAUAAAUGUUGUCUGUU